UCGCCGUACCGUCAAGGUCUGCCAGUCGCAAUCGAAAUAUAUACUCUUCAAAUCAAGAAUUUACCCUGUCAGUGAAAAUGGUGUCCAGUGUAAAGCUCAUCUUGGCCCUGACCAUCUUGGCCACUCUGGCCUGCACGGGCUAUGCCAUCAAGUGCUACCAGUGCGAGUCGGUGACCAAUCCCAAGUGUGGCGAAAAGUUCGAGUCGGACGACAGUCUGCUGCUGGACUGCGGCAAGAUUGCCCCGCCACGCUUCCUGCAGAGCUUCUUCCCCGUCCGCAAUGCCACCGGUUGCAUGAAGAAGCUCAUCGAUACGGUUCCCGGACACCCGCAGGUGGUGCGCAGCUGCUACUUCGGGGACAUUAGCAACACCCAGACGGGUUGCACCUCGGACCCCUCCCUGCCCUUCGCCAAGCAGCUGAGCUGCGAUGUCUGCACCAAGGACGAGUGCAACGGAUCUGCCACCAUCGCCCCCAUUGCCGGAGCCAUUCUGCUCUUCUUUGGCGUGGCUCGCCUGCUGGCCUAAGAGACCGGAGAACCGCUCUCUCUCUUUCCAUAUCCGUAGUAGAUUUUGUGCGCAUUUUUGGUUGAAAGCUUGGAAUGGAUCCGCUUGAAUCUUCUUCUUGAAUCUGAAUCUGGAUUUAUUGUUGUACACUCGUCGAACAUUUUUUGUCCGCAUUCGAAUCGCUUUAUUUAUUUAGAAUAAAAAUUUUGUUAAUCGUA